AUUGUGGAGUAAUCGUGUUGUUAUUUGAACUAGAAAUAUGUCACUGCUUGUUGGGCAUCACAGAAAUGGUGACACAAAUCGAUGUUAAUUUCCGGUCAGGUGACUUCGUUGAAUAUCCACCUUCCCCAGCUUUGUUAGCCAAUCAAAAUAUUUUUAGCCGUUAGACACACCCUUUAGGCGUGUCUAUACAUACGGGUAAAAUUUUAGCGGCGCAUGCGGCUAAGUAAGAAAAUUUGCCGACAACGAUGUCUGGGCGCUGCAGUGGCUUCGCAGAUCAAGUGUACGCUUCAAAUUUAGCCGGCCGAUUUCUGUUUGAAACGACGGCUGAUGAUCUUUCUGACGAGGCCGACGCAUAUUUCGCGUCGGACUCGUCAUCGGAAAACGAUAUGACGGAGAACGAGGAAGAUCUUCUCGUGGACGAACACAGCGAUGACGCUACGCUCUCACCAGACGAAGCUGCUACGCUCCACGAGGAAGAUCUUCCAGUUCACGUUGACAGAGAUGACGCCACUCUGUAGCCCUCCUUCACUUCAACAGCAUUUUUUGCCAUCUCCAUCUACUCCUCACUCUGCUAUGCCACAUCCUCACUCUACUACACCACCUCCAGUUCUACCACCUUCCAGCCCAUCUUGUCUUCCUUCGUCAUCGUUGUCAGCGUCUCGUCGUUAUCGUCAGCCACGUCAACGGCCAAGGAUAGCCACUCGUCGGCCUCAACAACAGUCGUCGUCUGAUUCCGACCCUGAGCCAGCCCAAUACCUUGAUCGCCGCUCCGAUCCACUGAACAUCCAGAAGUUGUCUGAGUAUCCACCUAUUGAUACUUAUCAAUUAAAUUUACCAUCAUUUCUACCAUCGAGACAACCUGGAUUCUACUUUCCUCCAACAUAUCCAACUGACGCCAUCGGAGUCUUCAAACUGUUCUUCAUCGAUGAAAUGCUGGAGACCAUCAGAAUAAACAGCAACAUCAACGGUGAAGACAGUUGCAAAAAGACUUACUGUGGAAAAUCAGGAGGGCGCCGAGGGAAGGGGAGUUUUCGUUCAUUGACGCUUGCGGAGAUGAACUCAUUCAUAGGGCUCAUGAUAUACAUGGGACUUGUAAAGAAUGUUCCUGAGCUCUCUGAAUACUGGUCCACAACCUUUCCAUUUCACGGAUUGUGGGCCAGACGGUUCAUGACACGCAAUCGUUUUGUCGCUAUACUGUCGGUCCUGCAGAUGGAGAAUCCUCGCACUGACAAGGAUCGAGGGACUGACCCUUUGAGAAAAGUUAGAGGCCUCAUUGAGGCCAUGCCCCUCAACUGCAUCAAAUAUGGUCAGCCCCAUGCCCGUGUCUCACUUCACGAGCGAAUGGUCAAAGCAAAAGGUUGUUUUGGCUUUAGGCAAUACAUAAACAACAAACCCGUCAAGUGGGGUGAAGUUGUAUUGGGUAUGCUAUUCCAUCUCCGGCUACACAUACAACUUCGAGAUACACACGGGCAAAGAGCGACAAACAUCGGAUGCGGCGAGGACAGCAGCAACAACAUCAGCUGCAACAACAACAACUGCAGCAACAACAUCAGCUGCAACCACAUCACGAUCGGCUGGCUCGGCUCGGAAAUGACAGAAGACGACACGUCAACCAGCGGAUGACACAAGUGUGAUCCAUCGUACUGUCAUGCGUAUGAUGGAUCCUCUCCUUGAUCAGGGGUACACUGUAUACACAGAUCAAUUCUACACAUUUGGGCCUCUGUACAAGGAGCUUUACAGUCGGGGUACAAUGACUUGUGGUACCGUCCAGAAAAACAGGAAGGGUGUUCCUCACUAUUUCACGUGUCUUUGGGAAGUCACCACGAGGUUCAUUCCGAUAUGAUCGUGACAACGAAUUGUUGGUCAUUCAGUGGGUGGACCGGAGCGUGGUGACGGUAAUGAGCACACUUCAUUCAGGACACCUCUAUACUCCCUGCGACAGAUUUGCCAAAGAUCGUGCAAAGUAUGAGGGGCACCACAAGAUAACCAUUUUCAGACCUGAGGCUAUUGGUGAUUAUAACAUCCAUAUGGGCGGAGUUGAUAAAUCCGACCAGAUGAUAAAAUAUUAUGAAGUCCUUCACUAGAGCCUCAAGUACUGGAAGAAGAUCUUUCUGCACAUGAUUGACUUAGCCGUAUGCCAUUUCUGGAGUACGGCUUCUCAAGGGUAAGAGGCUGCUGUUCAAACUGAAGUUGCUUGAUUCAUACUCUGAACAUAUAUACGUGGAGGUAAAAGACAGAUGAUUCAUUGCCUAGCGAUGGAUUAGUUUUAGCGAGUGAAAUCAUGCCACCUGGGAACCCAUUUGAGGUAACCAGACAUGUAGGACGUUCUGCGUUGUUUCUAGGCAGUGUAACUUGCUUCUGUAUAUAUGUGAUUCGCCAAUUCGAGGACGUUACUAUGAUAACUUGCACUUGAUAGGUACUGACGAAGAUCAGAGUACAAUAUAGCACUAGCUUGCAGU